CAUAUUUAAUAGAGAUGGCAUGAGUAGCAAGGAGGACCUGGCUUUCCGGUUCGCGAUAGAGAAGGUGAAUGCAAAAAUUCGAAGCGACCCUUCGCUAAAUAUGAGUAUGCUCACCUACGAUAUACAGCAUGUCAAAGGCAAUGAUACAUUUGAGGCGACGAAUAAAGUUUGUCAACAGCUUGGUGUGGGCGUGGCUGCCGUGUUUGGUCCCACCUCUCCCCACGACUCUCUAGCUGUUCAAUCUGUUUGUGACGUCAUGGACAUCCCUCACAUCCAGACACACUGGGUGCCCAAGUCCCACCUACCUGGUGAAUCUACCACGGUCACUAUCAACAUGUAUCCCUCCAAUGAUGUCAUCAGCAAAGCCAUCAGCGACCUCGUUACAGCUUUCCGCUGGAAGAGGAUAUCCAUCAUCUACGAGGAUUUUAGUGGUCUAGCCAGGUUAAAAGAUGUCUUACAACUGUCCAUGUACAAGGACACCGAGAUAACCGUCUAUUACACCAAGUCCAUGCCAUUCGGAACCAUGAUGAAGAGGAUCAAGAGUUCUGGAGCCAACCAUAUCAUCAUCGACUGUUCCAGAAGGUCAUUGCUCAUCAUGCUUGAGAAGAUGUUACAGCUUCAAAUGCUGAUUGAUUAUUACCACUACAUUAUUACACCAUUGGAUACGUUCUCGUUGGACUUAACCCGGUACAUCGGCGACAUGGUCAAUAUUACAGCACUACAGCUGGUAGACAACCAAAGUCCCGAGAAUAAACAGAUCUUGCAGGAGUAUAAGGAUUAUGCGUUGCAGAAUGGAGUAGGACCGGAAGAUGCAGGCAUGACGGCUGAGGGUGUGUUAACAUACGACGGCGUGAACCUAGUCUCCAAGGCUUUGCACCGUGCUAACCGUCAGACGACCGAUUUAGCAGUCAAGGCACUCUCGUGUGAAACCAGUCAAGCGUGGGAAACGGGUCUCACACUGUACAACGAUAUCGAAUCGACGAUGGUGUCAGGACUAACGGGGGAGGUUGAAUUCCAGGAGGGAGAGAGAUCAAAUACCGUCUUACACAUUACAUCCCUACACGAAGAUGGUAUGAUACAGGUAGGGAACUGGUCUGAACAAGAUGGAAUCGAGAUGUAUCCUAUCCAGUAUCAAUCUUCAGCAGGUUCUCGAUCUGGAAUCAACAGGACACUGGUGGUGACAACUGUACUGGAGAAGCCGUUUGUGAUGUUCAAGCAGACAGAAGAUGGUCGUACUCUAGAAGGUAAUGCAAGGUUUGAAGGAUUCUGCAUCGACCUACUACAGUUCAUCUCAGAGAAGGUUGGCUUUGAUUACAGGAUCAAACUAGUAGAAGACGGUAACUACGGAGGUCAACUGGAAAAUGGAUCUUUUGAUGGAAUGGUGGCCGAGCUUAUGGAAAGGAAAGCUGAUCUAGCCGUGGCGCCACUCACCAUCUCCUACGUACGAGAGCAAGUCAUCGACUUCUCCAAGCCCUUCAUGUAUCUAGGAGUGACCAUCUUGUACCGCGUUCCUGAACCUCAGAACCCCGGUGUCUUCUCCUUCCUCAAUCCACUGUCCUUUGACAUAUGGAUGUACAUCAUCAUGGCCUAUCUAACCGUCAGUCUCUCCUUCUUCAUGCUGGCCCGGUUCAGUCCGUACGAGUGGUACAACUCCCAUCCGAUCAACCCAGAAUACGACGCGGUCGAGAACCAGUUCACCCUGCUCAGCUGUCUCUGGUUCUCCUUUGGUGGUCUCAUGCAGCAGGGAUCCGAGCUGAACCCCAAGGCCUUCUCCACCAGGGUUCUCAGUGGCUUCUGGUGGUUCUUCUCGCUCAUCUUGGUCUCGUCUUACACUGCUAAUCUAGCUGCUUUCCUGACAGUCGAGAGGAUGGUCUCACCUAUCACCAACGCAGACGACCUUGCCAAACAGACGACUAUAGAAUACGGCACGAGGACGAGUGGAGCCACGAAUACAUUUUUCAGUCGAUCGAAAAUCCACACAUAUAAGACAAUGUGGGAGUUCAUGAGUUCGAGGCAACACGUGUUUGUGCAGACGUACAGGGAAGGCAUCGACAGGGUCCUGAACAACAAGAACUACGCUUUCCUCAUGGAAUCCACCAUGGCCGAGUACGAGGUGUCACAGCACUGUAAAAACCUCACCAUGAUCGGUGGGCUCAUGAACUCGAGGGGAUACGGUGUGGGUACACCGUUAGGUUCGAGAUAUCGAGACGAGAUCACCAAGGCUAUCCUCAAACUCCAGGAAGAGGAUGUCCUCUUGGAGCUCAAGAACAAGUGGUGGAAAUCGGGCCAGUGUGUGAGGGAUGAUAACAGUAAAGACGACGCCAGCGAGCUGGGUCUCAAGAACAUAGGAGGCAUCUUCCUCGUGCUCGUCGCCGGGCUCAUCCUCGGGAUCAUCACCGUCAUCGCAGAGUUCAUCUGGAAGUCAAAGCAAAAUGCAGAAAUUGACAAGAAAUCGCUAUGUGCAGAAAUGAUGGCUGGAAUCCGCUUCGCUUUUAGAUGUAAUGGUAAAAAGAAAGCACCACCGUCAAUGGAACAUAAAUACAUCCCUUCGCCGUACCCUACUGGCAUAAAUGGACAAAUGAUACCAAUGACUGAGACAGUUGCGUAACUGAGUAAUUUUAUGAAACAUAUGGGUUUUGAACCAACACGACGUUGAUUGAUGUCGGCGAAUGUCACGGUAUUCCUUCCUUUUAGGCUGUUUGUCAAAAUAAUUCUUUCUGAACUGACGAGAGGGCGGAAAAGCGAAGGAAACGUCAAUAGAUGGUAUGGGAAUGCAUCUGCCAUCUGUGGUAUCUCUAUCCGUGAUCUUUUUUUAUUCGUUGCUUAGCAACAGAGGGCGUGGUUCGUGGCAUCUCGGCGUAAAAGAAACACGUCAUCUAUGAACAUAGUUGAAGGAGUGUAGAAUUGGCGCCCUAAACUAUCUUCGCCGCUGAAUACAUCUCAUUGCGAUCUAAAGAUCUAAUAAAGAAGGGAAAUAAGUUUUAUAUUUAUACAUGCUUCAAACGAGAAGAUGAAAACAUAUCUUCAUGUGUUAUAAGAUGUUUUGGUGGAGUCACAGCACAUUUUAUUCUUAAGCUCAAGGAACCUUGUAUAUUCAUCACUAUUAUAAUAAUCAUGAAACAAAGCCAAAUUCAUUUAUUUAUAAAACAAUAAAACGAUGUUGUAUUACA